CUUCUCACUUAUUGUAUUUCCUGAGUGACGCAAUUAUUCUCUUGCGGACUCAAUGUUAGCAUAACAAGCUAACUAAGUUAGCGUUGUUGUUGUCAGUGGUAACCGAGCAGCUGAAGCACCACAUCAUAGAAACCCCAGGGUUAAUUCAACGUACCGUUAACUUGAUGUAACGUGACUAAAAAGUCAUUAUCAAUUUCGUUAAUGCUCUCAUUUCAUUUUAGCAUUUCUGCGGAAAGUAUGGCACAUUUUGAGAAGCGUAACAAAGUUUAUCCUUAGCUCCGUAACUCCAAUGAGCUAGCUAACCAGCUAACACAAACAUUGCGUAACGCUAGCUAGCCCAUCACGUCGGUUUCUGUUUGAUUCCUGUUGAAAUCUUUGCAACCACUCUACGGCCAAGAUGCCUGCUGCUCUUGAUUGGGAGAAAGUGGCCACAAUCGACCCAGUGCGUCUCCCUGAAUGUGAAACAGACCAAGUGGACGAGGUCUUCAGCAUGUUCGUUUUGACGGAAGAUUGGGACGUGAACGAUAAAGCUCCGGAGGAAAUUAUUCAAGUCCUCAGAGUGUUUCAGUCCCUAUUGAAGAUUAAGGAUCGGGAGGUUUCUAUUGCUUACAACUUUAUUGAACAAAUUGGUGUAAAUAAUGCUAAGAGUGAAAAGGAACUCCGCGGCCAGUUGUUGAGGCUCGAACAAGAGCACCAGCUCUGCGGCACAGUGGCAGGCACCCGCUUUCUGAGAGAUGAGGCUCGGCAGCUCGAGACCCAGCUGGAGCAAAAGGACAGAGAGUUGACCCACUUAAAGAAAGAGAUGGGCAAGGGAAAGAAAACCAACGAGGAGUUGGUUGUGCGAGCUGAGGAGGCUGAGGAUGAGGUCAAGAAGCUGAAAAGAGAGAAUGAGCAGCUCCAGCAGGAUGUGGACUUCUACCGCGGAGAGCUGGACCAGAGAGAGCCAGUCCCAUCCAGAGAUGAGAAUACUGAGAUCCAGAAGAAGCUUAAGGAGAACAAGAGACUUGCCGAUCAGUACUAUGAAGAACUUAAGCAAGCAGAGGAUGAAAUUGAACACCUGAAGACACAGAAUGAGCAGAUGCAGAAAAGUCUGGAGGAGUCAGUGAGGGAGAUGGAGAAGAUGACAGAUGAGUACAACAAGAUGAAGAUCAUCGUACAGCAGACUGACUCCAUUAUGGACCAGCUCAGGAAAGAGAGAGAUCAUGCAAAGCUGCAAGUCAGGGAGUUAACAGAUAAGAUUCAUAGCAUGACUGAAGAGGAUGACCCAAUUAUGGCAGCAGUCAAUUCCAAAGUGGAGGAGUGGAAGAGAGUGCUGUCUGGAAAGGACGAUGAAAUUUUGGUGUACCAGCAGAUGAUCCGAGAUUUGAGGGAAAAGCUGCGUUCGGCCCAGUUGGACUUGGACAAAAGCAACAUUAUUGCCUUGCAGCAGGCUGUCCAAGAGAGAGACAAUCAAAUCAAGAUACUGAGUGAGCAGGUGGAGCAGUAUACAGGCGAAAUGGAGAAGCACACCCAGCUCAUUGAGGAGCUAAAAAUGUCCACAAAGAAAGACAGAGGCUUACCAUCUUCCAUACAGCAGAGAAAGAUGGAAGAGCUGAAGUGCAAGUUGGAAGCUGCAGAGACACAAGCAGUGGAAGCAGUGCAGGCGGUAAAGCUUGCAGAAGCACAUGCUGAAGAAAAGGACAAAGCACUCAUUGAGGCGUCAAACCGUUUGAGCCAAUAUGAGUCUGGCUCUUAUGGCCUUGAAGCAGCCAUUGCUGAGAUCAAAGAGUGUAAAAAUCAAAUUAGAAUUAGAGACCUUGAGGCAGAGGCUAUGACCAAAGACAUCAACCAGCUUGAGAUGAGAAUCAACGACCUUAUGGAUGAAAAUGAAGAUUUCCGUGAAAGACUGGGUCUGGAACCAAAGCAGGAAGUGGAUUUGACAGAGUUCAGGCGAGCCAGAGAGCUCAGACAGCGCCAGUACAAAGCAGAAAACCAAGUCCUCACCAAAGAGAUUGAACGUCUUGAAGAAGAGAGACUGGAGCUGAAGAAACAAAUCAGACGGAUGGUGAAAGAAAGAGGUAUGCCACAUUCAAGCUUGCUGCUGGAGGAGGACGUUAAGUCCAGCAGGACUGUACAGCUGCCACAUACACAAAGCAGCACUUACACAGAUGAAGAGAUCCGACGCAAAAAUGAGUACCUUGAAAAACAACUGAGCAAUAAGGAGAGAGAGUUGGAACUUCACAAAACUCAGUUUCAAAUCAAAUUGGAUGAACUGUUAAAAGUGAGAAGAGACCUUGAGGAUGCACUAAAAGAUGUCCUCCAAGCCAUGAGGAUUAAUCAGGAGACCACUCCAUCUGACACUGCCAUUGAUAUUUCCCGUCUGGAAAGGCUGACUAAUGUAAUAGAUGUCAGCAAUAUGAGCGGACAGUCUGAGUCUGCCGUGUACCUCAAGUCCCAAAUCCAUCAGCUGGUCGGGAGAAAUGAAGAACUGAGGCAGGAGCUGAAAUCAGCCCGGGAGGAAGCAGCCAGCACUUUGAGUCAGCUUGCCAGAGCCAAAGAAAAGGUGAGCCACCUGGAAGGUGAAUUGGAGCUGUUGAGGAGGUCGGGCAGCAGUGGAGUUGUUCUCCGUGCUCUGGCGUUUCCUGAGGGCCAGGGGCCCAGCAGCACAGAGGUCAUCAGUUCGUUGAAUGAGUACACUGUUCGACUUCUUCAGGAGCUCAAAAACCAGGAGGAAAAAAGCAAGAAACUCACAGGAACUCUAGAGGAAUACAAGGAGAAGUUUUCUGUUAUUAGUCACCAACAGGGACUCCUCUAUAAAGAAUACCUAAGUGAGAAGGCGGAGUGGCAAAAGGAGAAAGACACAUUUACAGAGAUGAAGAACAAGCUGGAGGAGCAAAAGCAGGUGGACGCAGUUAAAAUCCAAGAGUUCACCGAGCUGCUGAACAACCUUCAGAAGGACCCAGAGGAGAUCAGGAGACAGUUGAGCGAAGCGUUGCGCAAGUUGACUCUUUUGAAGGUUAAUGAGAAGAAACUGACGCGACGCUACAGCACCCUGCUGGAGCAAGAGCAGCAUCUCCGCAAGGAGAACAGCAAGCUGAGAGACGACAGCAGCCACAUGCAGGCCUCUGUCGCCCAGAGGAUAGGCUACCUGCAGAGAUACAAGGAAAUGGCUGCAUAUAAGAUAGCAGCACUGCAGAAGGCCUUGGAUGAUAGUGUGCCCACAUCAGACCUGGAGAGGGCUAACAAACAGUUCACAGAGCUAACAGUGAAAUACAGAGACAUGCUGCAGAGGGACAGCCGCCUGAUACAGAGAACCACCAACCUCGAACAUAUGGAGAGUGAGAAUGAGUCUUUACGGGAGCAAAUCUCAGCCAUGAAUGAAGAAAUGAAAAUCACUAAGGAGAAACUGAAUACUUUAGAACAAGCAUGGGACAACAUCAAUGCAACUGGGGGCGAAAAUAGCAUGGAUAAGGCCGACAAGGCAAUGGCCAACAAAGAGAUGGUGUCUGCAGCGAGGCGCAUCACUACUCUGGAGAUGAAGGAGCUGAACGAGAGGCAGAGAGCCGAGCACGCCCACAAGAUGUAUGAACACAUGAGGAACUCCCUGAGGCAGGUGGAGGAACGUAACUCAGAGCUGGAGUCCAAGUUUGCAGAGUUGAGCAAGUUGAAUGUAGAAGCCCAGAGGGUGGAGCGGGAGCUGAGAGAUGAGCUGACGGACAGUGUCAGCAAAGCUGUGAGCGACGCUGACAGAGCCAGGGUUGCAGAGUUGGAGAAGGCUGAGGCUGAGCUUCGCAUUGAAGUUUCUAGGCUUCAAGAGGUGUCUGAUGUGGCCAUGAUGCAGGCAUCUGCUCUCCAGGCCAGACAGCAGUCCAAAGAGAAGGAAGUAGAAGCUUUGAGAAGACAAAUAUUUGACUAUCAGUCACAGUCAGAUGAGAAGGCCCUCAUUGCAAAACUCCACCAACACAUUGUGGCUCUGCAGCUCAGUGAGUCAUCUGCGUUAGCCAAGUUGGAGGCCGCCACCUCUCACAUCCAACAGCUGGAGGCAUACAAGCUGCGUGCGGAACAGCGGCUGGAUGCCAGCGAGCGCACUCUGUUCCUCGCCCGCCAGGAGGGCAGAAAUCGCUCCAAGCACCUACGGCAGACCAUCCAGUCUCUGCGUAGGCAGUUUGCCGGAGCGCUGCCUCUUCCCCAGCAGGAAAAGUUCUCCAUGACCAUGGUGAGCCUGCAGGAGGACAGAGCAAAAGCCCAGGAGGAGAAGAAGAAGGCAGAGGAGGAGAGGAGGAGGGCAGAGGGCAGGGCAGAAGAACUGGAGCUGAGACUCAAAGGCCUGGAGGAGCUCAUCUCAACACUGAAGGAUGUGAAAGGGGCCCAGAAGGUAACCGAGUGGCACAAGAAGAUGGAGGAAGCUCGUCUGCAGGAGCUGAGGAAAGGCAGGGAGCUGGUUGUCCAGAAGGAGGAGAUCAGGUACCUGAGAAACCUGGUGGAAGAGCAGGAGCGGACCAUCCGCACACUAGAAGAGGAUAUUGUGCAGCAAAACAUGCUUCAAGAAGAACGCCAGCUUGCAUACGAUCAGCGAGAGGUGGAACUGGAGCGCCAAUUGGACCAGUACGAGAAGCACCAGCGUGAAAUUUUAAGCAGUGCAGAAAAGUAUGAGGAUGGUACAGGAUCACUCCCAGACCCGAGUCUACCUCUUGCUCAUCAGUUAGAGUUUGCUUUGAGUAAAAACAGAGAGCAUUUCCGCACCAUCUUGGAAACGCAGGCCACCUGCAAAAGUUUAGAUGAGAAAUUGAAAGAAAAAGAAGCAGCUCUGUGGAAGGCAGAGCAGAACAUCGUGUCCAGGGAUAAGGUGAUCAAUGAGCUGCGUCUUCGACUUCCAGCUGCUGCAAACAGAGAGCGCCUGCUGGCCGACCUCGCCAAGCAUGAAGAGGGCCAGUCUGACCACCAGCCUGCUCUCAAGGUGGCUCACCAGACCAUCAAAGACCUCCAGGGUCGACUUGACAAAAAAGAGGACGUGCUGAAGAAAUACCAGAACCAGCUGACUCAAGCCAGACAGGAUCAGGAGGAGAUGAUAAAGAGACACCAGGAGGAGCUGAGAGCACUGCAUCACAAGUUGGACUUGCACUCGGACACCUCACUGGACCGCUUUAAACAGACGGCAAUGGAAUUAAUGAAGAAGCCCACUAUCAGGGUGCCAACUACCAAGCAUUUGGAGCGUCUGGCUGAGCUGGAGCAGACAGUGGCUGAACAGGACAUCUCGCUGUCCUCUGUCACAGAGAAGCUGAAGCUUGCCACUGCUGAGCUGGAGCGACAGAGGACCACCAUGGAAACACUGGCGAAGAAACACACUGACGAGAUGUCAAAGCUGGAGGAGUAUCAUGCUGCCCAGGUGAAAGCUCUGACCAUUGAGACCGAGGAUCAGAGGAGCCAGAUGGCCCAGAUGGAGAAGGAGAUGAACUACCUCCGAACCGAGCUGGCAGCACAGAAGGAGGCCAAUGUCCGCUCCCCCACCAACACCAUGAAAAACCUGGUAGAACGACUGAAGGCGCAGCUAACCCAGAAAGAGAAACAGCUCAAGGCUCUCAGUAAGGCUCUCCUGGAGCUGCGGGCAGAGCUGACAUCUGCUGCAGAGCAGCAAGUCAUAGCCAGCGCUGCACAGAAAGAGGAGAGUCUCAAUGUACAGAUGUUGGUCGACAAACACACCAAAGAGCUUAAGGUGCGUGCGCAAGAACUCAGUGAAGAACUUAAAGCUGCAAAGGAGUCCACUAAAGCAGCCAGAGGCCGGGAGAAUACCCUGAAAGAGGAAGUGGAUGGCCUGAACCAGGACCUUCAGAAGAGUCUGAAAACCCAGAGACGCCUGCAGACUGAGAGGGAGGAGAGAGAGCAGGAAAUCCAGGAGCUCAGGCAGCAAAACAAAAGGCUCAGCAGUGCCCUUCAGAAUCAACCAGAACCAGAUGUGAAGGGGCCCACCAUUGAGAAUCUGCAGAAGAGGAUCAGGAAGCUCGAGUCUGACUUGGAGAAAAGAGCAGAAAUGACGAAUGUUAAGGAUGGUCAUGAUAAGACGAAAGGUGAAAUAGUGCGUUGGGAGGAGGGCAAGAAAUGGCAGGCCAAGAUGGAAAAGGUGAAGCAGUCAUUGAAGGAGAAGGAACGAGAGAAUGAAUCACUGUCGAAACAGCUCACCACUCUUAAAGACCUCUAUGCAAGACUGGAGCAAGAGAAAAGUGUGCUACAGAGAAAGCUGAAGGGUCGAGGUGUGACUGCUGAUCAGGUGGUGGGAGUGCGGUCCACUGAAAUGGAGAAGGAGAUGGAAGAGCUGAAGAAGAAGAACUCAGACCUGGAGGCACAGAUCCUCACCAUAAAACAGCACCAGGCUUUACCUCGUGAUGAUGCCAUUGAGAAUCUGACUGUGAUGAACCGCUACCUGGAGGAGAGAGUGCACUCCUUAGAGAACCAGAUAUCCAAAGAGCCUCCAUCAAGACCCUCUACUUCAGGACGAGGGACUGGUACUCCCUCACAGAGAGAUCAAGACCUCCAAAAAGAAAACCUCAAGCUGGCCUCUGAGAACCUUGAGCUUCGUUUCCAGCUGGAGCAGACCAACAAAGAUUUACCAAGACUCAAGAAUCAAGUUGCAGACCUCAAGGAGAUGUGCAGUGCGCUGAAAAAGGAAAAGGCUGAGGUGGAAAAAAAGCUUGCACACAUUCGUGGAGCCGGUCACAGUGGUAAAACAGUGCCUGAACUGGAGAAGACCAUUGGGUUGAUGAAGAAGGUUGUGGAGAGGGUGCAGAGAGAAAAUGAGACGCUGAAGAAAUCCAGUGCACCUGCAGACCAAGACAAGGUUUCUGCCUUGGAGCAAGAAAAUGAGAAGCUAAAGGCUGACUAUAGGAAACUAAAGAGUCAAAGUGAAACUGAGCUGAGUGCCAAACUUGAAUCGAAAACCAAAGGACUUGAGAAAAUAGUGAUGGAAAAUGAACGUCUACGCAAGGAGAUCAAAAGGGAAAUGGAAGCUGCAGAGAGGCUGAGAGUGACAAAGGCGAGUCUGGAAGUGACCAACGAGAAGCUCGAGGCAGAGCUGGAAGAGACCAAGCAAAGACUGCGGGCAGCUCUUUCCAAACCCAUCACAGAGGGAGCAGACAGUAAGACCUGGAAGGCAUCUGUGGUAACAAGAAUGUUUGAGAACAAGAUGAAGGAGCUGGAGAAGGAGCUUUCCCAGAAGACCUCCAGUCUGUCUGAACUCAAACUACAGCUGAAGGAAGUGAAUGAACGUGAGGAGAGAGCUCAGAUAAGCAUCCGAAAACUUGAAGAUCAGGCUGACAUGUUAAAAAGUUUUCCUACCACCGCAAAGACAGGAGGAGGGCUCACCAGGGAAUUCCAAGCAAUGAGGUUGGCAAACACUGACCUGGAGAAGGAGAACACAGAACUUAAACAAAGGCUGAACGAGUACGGUGAGCGAUUUGGUGAGACAUCUUCUAAACUAGAUUACGGAAAGCUCAAACACCUUCUGCAGGCAGCGCAAACAGAGAAAGCAAAACUUCAAACUGAGGUUAAAAGGCUGAAGAAAGAACUUGAAAGCUUUGACCCAACGUUUUUUGAAGAGAUUGAGGACUUAAAAUAUAACUACAAUUUAGAGGUCAAGAAGAACAUUCUGCUGGAGGAACAGCUGAAGAAAGUGCGUGAUCAGUUUGAUGUAGAGGCUGAACUGCCUACUGUGUCCAUCAGUUAACUCAGGGUUUCUGUGCCUUUUAAUGAUGUUAGGACAGUUAAAACUAAACUUGUGUUCUUUUUUUAGUCAAGCCAUGCAGCUCCUUCAGUUUCUUUCAUAAGUCAGCUAUUUUUUGUUAAUUCUAAGUACUUGGUUUGGUGAUGUAACUAUGUAGCAUAUUUAUU